UAAAUAUCUCACUCAUUUAUAUUAAACCACAAUACAUUUAUAAAUAUCGAGCCAAAACAGCGUUUCAAAUCAAUAAAACAAAAAGACAAACGUUUAUUUGCCUUUAAAAAGCGUUUAAUAUACUAGUGGCUUGAUUAGGGCAGCUCAAAACAUAGAGAUUUCUCAAGGAUAUUUUUUAAGUGAGAUAACAAGCCAUCUAGAAAAGCAUUGUCACUCAAAACCAGACACUCGGAAAAAAACGGAGUGCAAAACUCAGAUUCCAGAACUGUUGUACAGAGGUUGUGCGUAUUUGAGGGUUGCCUUUGGAUACUGAAGUGUAUACGAAUCUCAACCAACUGAUCUUGUUUUUUUUCAUAAGAUCAUGGGGAGGGCGAGUGUUUUGAAAAUAUUAAAAAAUAUAGCAAGAGAUGUGUUGAUGAAACUGUUUGUAUUAUACGCCACGGAAGGGGGCUGCAGUCGUUUUCAAUUUAUGACAGCCAACAAACACUUACUUGAGGCCCUAAAUACCAUUACACCUGAUGAAAUUAAACGGAUCUAUCAUAAUUUUGAGUACAAGUUUGAUUAUUUAGAAGGUAAACUUCUGGUGAAGAUCGUACGGGGUCUUUUUUACCCGCAAAUUCAAGAAAAGGAAUCAGAUUUGAAAUUGAUCCAAAGGUGUUUGGAAUAUUAUGAUGACAAAAGGGAUAUACCAAUCACAGAUGAGAGGUUUAGAGUUGAAUGGCGACAUUUUAAGGCCGCUGUAUUGUCAGUGGCAGGAUUAGCUGGCGGAGAGGUAUUUCAAAGACAAGUAGACGUAAAGAUUUGCAGAUUUGGAUACCAACAUUCACCAUAUGACUAUGAUCUAUUUGAGAUGAGAGAUGAACUAAAUACGUGGAGUCUGCAAGUCCCAGAGGCUGACACAGCAUGGAUUGAGCGCAUUCGUUCGAAUCACCUUAUCGAUGAUUAUAAAGAAUACCAAGAUGCGUUUUCAAGAGCAGAACCAAACAGAAGAGAUUGGAUUACAGAUCGCUCUGUUACGACAUGGUUUGUUUACGCUGCUGAGAGCUGUUCUCCCGAAUUGCAAAACUUCUUGGAACAGUAUCACUUCAUCUGCAUUGAAGUCAAUGACAAAGAUGUGCUAUUCAGCCCCUUUAUUGAACACUUUCGUGACAACAUGAUGGUUAUAAGUCACGUCUUCUUUUUUAUUGGACAUAGCUCAUCUAACGAGUUUGUAGAAAAGGUUUUCAACGCGAUGGAUGCUCACUUGGAAGAAAUCGGUUGUUCUAAGUUCACUGUGCUGAUGCCUGCUACAGAAAACGAAACCACAAAAGCUGCCAAAGAAAUGAUAUAUCGCUUACCAAGUGUGCAGGUACACUUUAUUCAACACCAAACCCGGACCAGGGAAGUUGUUAAUGAGUUAAAAAUAUUGUCUUUACGUGAACCAGUUGUUGGCGAGACUAGGGCAGAAAGAACUCAUUCCAAGAUAUUAUAUUCACGUGAACCGCUUGCUCCAGAUGCUCCGGAUGGAGACGAAACUUCCCAGAAAGUAGGAACCGUGGAACCUGUUGAAAAAAGGCAGAAACUAAACUGAACAAUGUUAUACAUAUGCGAUCAGAACAUAUACCAGAAAACAGUGUUGCAAAAACUUGUCGUUGAAUAGUUUAUUUACAACAAGGAGGUCAGAAAUAAAUUUACACUACCAUUUAACCUAUGAAUGAUACCAAUUCCAAGCACAGGAGGCAUAAUUCGUUGCUUUAUUUUAAAAAUAAAGACUUCAAUCAAAUUCGGAAUAAUGUUGUACGGCGUUAAGUCAUUGUCAUCGAUAAAUGUACCAUAUGUAGUUUAG